AUGGACGGCAGCAGGACAGAAGCCGCGCAGACGCCGAGGCAGACGCGGGCAGACGAGGCAGCAUAUCGACGACGGGAGAACGAGGGAGCCGAAGCGAGGAAGCAUAGACGCAGAGGGCAAGACAUCGGAAGGAAUAGGAAGAAGGGCAGCAGGCGGCAGGAAGAGGGCAGACGAGGCCGCCGCGGACGCGCCGAAGCCGAACGACGGGCAGACAGCGGGCCGGGACGCGGCAGCAUCGGCGGCAGAACGAAGCGGAGCCAUAGGAAGCAGCGGACCGACGAGGCAGGAGCGGACGCCUCGGCCGAAGCGGACAGCAUCGGCAGCAGAGGCAGCCGAGGAAGACUUAGGACGCAGCGGCAAGAAGAGGGACGAAGAGGAGAAGCGGGCCAGAAUAGGUACCGGACGAGGAAGCCGAGCGAAGAAUUGGCAUCAGAGGACGACAGCGGACGACGAGGAAGAAUAGGAAAGCAGAGAAAUAACAGAGGAAGAAUCGGAGCAGACUAG